AUGUCAGUCUCACCGAUCGUCAAGUCCACGCUGCAGGCGGUGGUGAUCAACGCGGGUUCCAAUGUGCUGGCACAGGGAAUCAAAGCCUAUCGCGCGGAUAUUCCCUUUGAACUCGACGUGCAAGCACUGAUUCAGUUCACCGCAUGUGCGAUCAUCGUCACGCCCUUGAACUACCUCUGGCAGACCAAUCUCGAGGCCUCCUUCCCAGGCUCCAAGCCGGCUCCGGCUGCGGCUCCUCCAAGUACCAAGGAGAAAUCCAAGUCUGAUGCGACCGGAUCAAAGUCAGCCAAAUCGUCCUUGAAUGUGGGCAACACCAUCACCAAGGUGGUGAUCGAUCAAACCAUCGGUGCCACCUGGAACACGGUGUUGUUCCUCUUCACUAUGGGCCUUCUCCGAGGCCACCACUAUGAUGAGGUCCUGGUGCAGAUCCGCCAAGAAUUCUGGCCGAUCAUGAGUGCUGGCUUCAAGCUUUGGCCUUUUGUUUCGGUCCUCUGCUUCACCGUCGUUCCCGUGGAGCAGCGACUGCUGGUGGGAAGCUUGUUUGGUGUGAUCUGGGCUGUCUGUUUGAGUCUGAUGUCUGGAUGA